ACUGGGAAUGUGACAUAAUAUUUAUUAAUUUAAGACGCAAAUUUCAUUCAUAGUUUUGCUUUGGGGUUGUUGAGUCCAGGCAAUGGGAAAUAAAUUGAUGAUUCCCACAACCACCUUCCCAGAAGCAAAACACACUCUCUUCCCAUCUUCUUGAAUGGGUUUCCUUCAAUCUUCACAUCUUCCUUGAAAGCCCCAACGCCUGAAGAAGAAGAAGCAUCCAUGGCAAUGGCACUUGAUGUGGCCAUGUGGAUCACAAAGAUGGUGUGGAUAGCUCUAAAUGGAUGGAUUACUUCAUGUUUGACUAUUGCUGAUGAGUUUGCCAGCGCUCUUCGCUCUGGCGAUAUUGGCCCCUUCCAUGUUGGCUGAUCCAAUUGGCCUUAUUGGGUAUACAUCAAGUUCUGUAAUUUUCAACUACCCUUGAAACUAUACUUGUUUUCAUGUAAUGGGUAUUCAUGUAAAUCUUAUUUUUAUGUUUGUGGGUUGGUGUGUUUAAGGUAGUUUGGGUGAUCCUGGGUUGUGCUUUUAGGAAAGGAUGAUGUUUUUGUUGUGUGGAGUUUCCUUAAAUCGAGGAAUUAGUUGGGUGACUUGUUUGAGGUUAUUUGUUAUAGAUUGUUGAUUGCUUGCUAGCAUGUUUUGUUAACGUUUUAUAGAUAAAUUUGAAUUCGAAAACUAUCAAUCAGUUCUCAGUUCUUGUUUGAUUAGGUGAUAGACUUAUAUGAAUUUAAUUGGGAGUUUAGAUUCAUCCAUAGUUAGCAUUAGUGUGGCGAUUUACUAAGUUUUGUUCAUUUUUAUGGUAGGGAUUCGCUUUUAAGAAGUUUGUUAAAUAUGAUAACCAUUGACUCAUUGAGCUUCUGGUUACUGGAUGAUUCUUUAGCAAAAGAAACACA